AAAAAAUUGCAUCGUCGGGUCGGUUCGGUGACGAAUUUUGGAAAUUUCUUAUCCAAUUCCAAGUGUAAUAUAAGUGCUUACAGGAACUCGUCGAAAAUGUCUGGAAGGCUACCAGCUUGUGUUAUCGAUGUCGGAACGGGCUACACCAAGCUUGGUUUCGCUGCAAACAAGGAACCCCAGUUCAUCAUUCCAUCGGCAAUUGCCAUUAAGGAAACGGCCAAAGUCGGUGACCAAAGUGCCCGCCGUGUUACAAAGGGUGUAGAAGAUUUAGAUUUCUUUAUCGGAGACGAAGCAUUUGAUGCAACGGGUUACUCAGUUAAGUACCCCGUACGACAUGGUUUGGUCGAGGACUGGGAUCUCAUGGAGCGCUUUCUGGAGCAGUGCAUUUUUAAGUACCUACGAGCCGAACCGGAGGAUCAUCAUUUCUUGCUAACGGAACCGCCGCUAAACACCCCGGAAAAUCGGGAAUACACAGCGGAAAUAAUGUUCGAAACGUUCAACGUUCCCGGAUUGUAUAUUGCCGUGCAAGCAGUAUUAGCUCUGGCCGCCAGCUGGGCUUCGCGUCCCGUCGAGGAACGCACUCUGACCGGUAUCGUUGUAGACAGUGGCGAUGGCGUGACUCACGUCAUUCCGGUGGCCGAGGGUUACGUCAUUGGAUCAUGUAUCAAGCAUAUCCCGAUCGCCGGUCGGAAUAUUACUUCGUUCAUUCAAAGUUUGCUGCGGGAGCGCGAAGUCGGCAUUCCACCGGAGCAAAGUCUAGAAACAGCCAAGGCUAUCAAAGAACGGUUCAGUUAUAUAUGCCCGGACAUUGCCAAAGAAUUUGCUAAGUACGAUGCUGAACCGACGAAAUGGAUGCGCCACUACGAGGGAAUCAACGCCAUCACCAAGCAGCCGUUUGGUGUCGAUGUAGGCUACGAAAGGUUCCUAGGACCGGAGAUCUUUUUCCAUCCUGAGUUUUCCAAUCCGGAUUUUACCACACCGCUGUCGGAGAUAGUCGAUACGGUUAUCCAGAACUGUCCCAUCGACGUGCGAAGGCCGCUCUAUAACAAUAUCGUACUCAGUGGAGGAUCGACUAUGUUCAGAGAUUUUGGUCGUCGACUACAACGAGACAUCAAACGUAGCGUAGAUGCUCGUUUGAGAAUUAGUGAAAACUUAAGCGAGGGACGUAUAAAGCCAAAACCUAUCGAUGUUUCGGUUAUCUCUCAUCACAUGCAAAGAUAUGCAGUCUGGUUCGGUGGAAGCAUGCUGGCAUCAACGCCGGAAUUUUACCAGGUCUGUCACACGAAAGCUGCCUACGAAGAGUAUGGUCCAGGCAUUUGCCGUCACAAUCCAGUAUUCGGAACCAUGACGUAGUUUUAUCACCUAAUUUACUUUCGUGCCAGCCACCGCUGCUGCUGUUGCUGCUAAUAUUACUACUAAAACAACAAUUACUACUGGCAGUGUUUCACAAAAGGAGCAAAAAACGAGUCGGAUUAGAACGGAUACACAAUUCUAAAUCCCCCCCUGCGGUGAAGCACUCGAUUGUAUCGAUUGACACGAUAGAAAACGAAAACAAAAACGUUCAUUCCUCCUGCAGAUAACUAUUGUGAACUGUAAUAAAUCAGUUUUACAGUUUUUUUUCGUUUUGAAUUUGGUAUUGUCAAACUUUUAAUUUUGUGUGUACAGCAGAGAUGCAUUUUUCGACGCAAAAUCCGGCGAUCCAAAAUAAAUUCAAAUGCAUUUACUGGCACUAGAGAACUAGCUGAACUAGUUUUUUGCAGUACCUUAAAAACAAUAUAUUCAUCAUGAGACGUGCAACAUCAUUCAAGUAUUUCUUCCGGGGUAACAACAUAAGAAACAUGUCUACUUUUUAUUGUUCUGUUUUAUUUGUCUGUUAGUUGAGUGAUUUGAAAGAAUGUUUAUUCUAGACUUAUAGGGUUACAACACGAACAACACAGAUAGGACGGAGAUAGUAUUGCCGAUUUAUUAUAUAUAUAGCUCAAACCUAAAGGAACAAUCGCCGCAAUUCGCUGAUUCAUUGAAGCUAAAUCCAGAUGUGUACACUUGAAUUAGAUAAUAAAGUUCAAUUUAAAA